CUUAAGACCUCCUCUUGGAUCUCUCCCCUCUCUCGUCCGAUCAAAGAGAGAGCUUUUAUAACUCUUCUUCUUCUUCUUCCUCUUCUUCUUCUUGUUUUCUCUUCAUGGCUCUCCUCACUUUCCUACCGGACAGCUCCUCCAGCCACAAGCAUAAACCACCCCCUCCUUCCAAACGCAAGCGAACGAAGCACCACCAGAAGCAGCACGAGCAAGAUCCAAAGCUAAAGCAAAAGCCACCCGCAUCGCCGCCGCUGUCGUCGUGGGACCAAUUCAAGAGCCUCCUCACGUGCAAGCAGGUCGAGGGCUCCGCCGUCCACGACCCUUCCAAGAACAACAACAAGCUCGCCGGCUCCUCAUGCAGCUCCAUAUGCAGCUUCCGGGACGUCGUCCACGGCAACACCCGCGUGGUCCACCGGGCCGACAACUCCCCGGAGGGCAGCUCCGUCGGCCAGGAGGCCGGCCUCCUGAGCCGCAAAGGCGGGGCCGGGUCCUCGUCCUCCAGGUCGCUGGCCGGGUCGACUAGAACCCACGGCGGCGGGGGCGGGUCGUCGAGGGGCAUGCAGUUCCGGAAGCUCUCCGGGUGUUACGAGUGCCACAUGAUCGUCGACCCUAGCAGGUAUCCUUACACGCCCAGGUCAACCAUGUGCGCAUGCUCCCAGUGCGGCGAAGUCUUCCCUAAGCUCGAGAGCCUAGAGCUUCACCAAGCAGUUCGUCAUGCUGUGUCUGAGCUGGGCCCGGAAGAUUCCGGCCGCCACAUCGUGGAGAUCAUCUUCAAGUCGAGCUGGCUCAAGAAGGACAACCCCAUCUGCAAGAUCGAACGGAUACUGAAGGUCCACAACACCCAGCGCACCAUCCAGCGCUUCGAGGACUGCCGGGACGCGGUGAAGACCCGCGCCCUCGCCAGCGCCCGGAAGAACCCGCGCUGCGCCGCCGACGGCAAUGAGCUGCUCCGGUUCCACUGCACCACCCUGGCGUGCGCCCUCGGCUCCGGCGGCUCCACCAGCCUGUGCGGGUCCGUGCCCGGCUGCGGCGUCUGCACCGUCGUCCGCCACGGCUUCCACGCGAGGCCGCAGGGCGGGGGCGUGUGCACCACGGCCAGCAGCGGCCGGGCCCACGACUCCCUCCAGCUCGCCGACGGCCGCCGGGCCAUGCUCGUGUGCCGCGUCAUCGCGGGCAGGGUCCGGCGUGUGGCCGAGGAGGGGGCGACGCAGCCGGGGGAGGAGGAGGGCCCCGCGGCGGGGGCGGCGGGGGGCUCGUACGACUCCGUGGCGGGCCACGCCGGGGUUUACUCGAAUCUGGAGGAGCUGUUCGUGUUCAAUCCGAAGGCGAUCCUUCCUUGUUUCGUGGUGAUUUACAAGGCGCUCGAGUCAUAAAAGAGAUCAGCGGACGGACAAUUUAAUUGAGCAUCAACUUCAUUUUGGCUUUGUGACAACGUUUUCAUUCAAUUUUAGUGUUUUAGCACCAAGUCAGAGGUGGGCAUACCAAAUGGUGUCACAGUUGACUUCCUGUUAUGUUUCAGUCAUUUGUAUAUAUUAAUGUGUUAUUUUACUCGACGUAUAUAAUGUCGAGUUAUUAGGAACUUCAUCUUUUCGAUUGCUUAUUCAAGAUUUUGGUUAUGAGUUGUUCUUUA